GAAUUGGCAUAAUGAAUGAGCCCCUGGAAAUCUUCUACUGUACAGAUGAAAACAGUUUGGCCAGCUGUGGCUUUCUGAUAACGUGUCUACAGUCGGGAACGAUAACAACAAGAAACAUACAUUCACUGGACUCUAAAAGCUGCGUCUGGAUCAGUGUGUUCAGGUGAUCGUAAUGGCGGAGGGAGGCUUUGACCCCUGUGAGUGCAUCUGCACCCAGGAGCACGCCAUGAGACGACUCAUCAACCUGCUACGUCAGUCUCAGUCCUACUGUACAGACACAGAGUGUCCUCAGGACUUACCAGGACCCAGUGGCUCAGUAGGAGGUGGAGACCUGACUGUCCCCGUGGUUCUGAUGGGCUGGAUGGUUCUGGUUCUGCUCCUCUUCCUCCUCAGACCCAACAGCCUCAGAGGAUCCCCAGCGCCGCCUGCCGGCAAACCUACUGGACCUCACAGUGUAGGUAUGGAGGGAGGAGGAGGGAUAGAGGGAACCUACUGGACCUCACAGUGUAGGUAUGGAGGGAGGAGGAGGAGGGAACCUAC